AUGAAGGAUCCAGAACAUGAUGAGUGGCGGGCCCAUGGACACGGGCGCAAAGUGGAAGCGCGACUGGGGAGAAAUAUGAUGCCGCUGGUGGAUAUUAUCAACGAUAUCAAAGAGAGUAUAUCGGCGCUUCAGAAAGCAUUUCAAUGCUUCGCACCAUUGGAAGAGGAGCAAAAACGGCGCAAACCGCUGAAAGAUUCCAUUCGAAAGCUGAGAAAACGAGUCACGAUUACAUUCGAGAAGAAAAAUUUCGAAGAUCAAAUCAAUGUUCUCGAAAAGUCAAACAGUAGUCUGAGACGUCUGCGAAAACAAGUCGGCGAACUUCAACCACGUCAGUCUUAUACGGCUAAGAAGCCGGGUGCGAGAGCAGGGAGGCUGCCGUUGGAAUUUGGGGCAUAUGGCGCUAUACGAAGGGCUUCAAAGGCUCUCCAUGAAGCAUUGACAACGACUUGGUCGAGCACACAGACACCGCACCUGAGACACUUCGUUAAGCUCUUCUUAGACGCUAAAGCAGAGACUGACGUGCAGAUGGAGAUUGCCAUCCUCUGCUAUGGAGCUCAACUACAUCAGAGGGCCUUUUUCCAGACGUCCUUGACGAGACUAGAGGUCCGGUCGAGGACGAUAGACUCCAUCACUUGGUCCAGUGCAGGUUUAAUGACUCCAGCUUCAGAAGCGGACAACUCACAGAAUGACCGGCGAAAACGCCAAAAGGUCAGAUUUUCCAGCCUCGGCGACGGCUCUGAUCUCAGCAAUAGCGAUGCCGAAUCAGCGUCCAUCGGCUCUACAGCUGCCACCUCACAGUCGACGGUUGUUUCACCAGAUGACCUUCAGCUUACGGGGCAUUUCUGCCCCGAACUGUCAAGACGAUGCUCAACUCCGGACAUUGUGUGCAAAUUAGAGGGUCUGGGGCAUAUCGACAGCUGCAUACAAGAAGGAUAUCGCCACUGCUUCUUCCCUUGCUCAAGCAGCCAUCAUUGCGGUAAAAUGGGUCUUGACGACGUGAUGCUCAUGGAUGAAGCGCUUGGCCAAUCCGCUAGUAACAGACUGACCAUUGUUGGCCAACUGCGAUUGGCCCAUCGACUCGUUUCUGCGGUGCUAAAGUUCAACUCUACUCCAUGGCUGAACGAGUUGUGGAGUGUCAGAGACCUUGCCUUCUUCCGACAAGGAGACGACCUGACUAUGUCACUCCAAACGUUACACUUUGGUGUAGAGCUGAUCCACGGGGGGCGCGAGGCCGGAGACUCUUUAAUGGACGUCGAAUCUCCAGCCAGUUUGACUCAUUCUAUUGAGGAUGCACAGUACAAGUACGGAGUGCGCAAUGUCACGCUUUACAGUUUGGGAGUAGCUCUCCUGGCGAUUGGGAGGUGGGAGCGCAUCAACCACAACGACAUCGAGGGAGUCCGCCGAUUAGCAUCACAGUCAUGCUAUUUGGGGCCAGUAUAUCAGGAAUUGACGCAGAAAGUUCUCGAGUGUGAUUUUGGGCAUGGAAAGGAUUUGAAGAAGCCCAGACUCCAGGAGGCUGUUUACGAGAAGGUUAUCCUAGAGCUAGAGUCGAUGAUAGCAAGCUUGGACAUAUCGGAGGAGUAG